AUGGCGAGGCGGUGCGCCACGCGCCAAGGCGCGCCGAGGUCCCCCGGGGCGCUGCUGCUGCUGCUGCUGCCGCUGCUGCUGCUCCCCGCGGCCGCCUUCGAGCUCACGGUCCUGCACACCAACGACGUCCACGCCCGGGUGGAGCAGACCAGCGUGGACUCCGGCAAGUGCGUGCGGGGGCCGUGCUACGGCGGCGUGGCGCGCAGGGCCACCGCCGUCCGGCGGGUCCGCGACGACCCCGGCCGCCACGUGGUGCUCCUCGACGCCGGCGACCAGUACCAAGGCACCGUCUGGUUCAGCUUCUUCCGAGGCCGGGAGGUGGUGCGCUUCAUGGAGCUCCUCCGCUACGACGCGAUGGCAUUGGGAAACCAUGAAUUUGAUAACGGCGUGGAUGGAUUAUUGGACCCACUGCUUAAAAAUGCUAACUUUCCUAUAUUAAGUGCGAAUAUGAAAGCAAGCAAGCAAUUGGCAAAUAACAUUACACGGUAUUUUUUCCCUUAUACAAUAUUAAAUGUUAGCUCAGAAAGAGUGGGAAUUGUUGGCUAUACCACAAAGGAGACACCUGUUCUUUCAAAUCCAGGGCAGGAUUUGUUUUUUGAAGAUGAAAUUGAGGCAUUGCAAUUACAAGUGGACAAGCUUACUACUUUGGGAGUAAACAAAAUAAUUGCACUGGGUCACUCGGGUUUUACUGUGGACAAAAGCAUUGCUCAAAAAGUGAAAAAUGUGGAUGUCGUGGUUGGGGGGCAUACAAACACAUUUCUCUAUACAGGCGCUCCACCUUCAAAUGAUAUACCAGCUGGUAAUUACCCAUUCAUGGUGAAAUCUGAUCAUGGCCCUCAAGUACCUGUUGUGCAAGCUUAUGCUUUUGGAAAAUACCUUGGUUGUUUGAAUGUUAAAUUUGAUGAUCAAGGAAAUGUGAUCAGUGCAUCCGGAAACCCCAUCCUACUCAACAGUAGCAUCCCUGAAGAUGCAAAGGUGAAGGCCGAAGUUGACACUAUGAGGGUUGAGCUGAAUAAAUUUUUUUCCAAGGAGAUAGGGAAAACCAUUGUAUACCUGAACGGUACGAGUGAAGCAUGCCGUCUCCAAGAGUGCAACAUGGGAAAUAUGAUUUGUGAUGCUGUGGUUUACAAUAAUCUUAGACAUCCAGAUGAUAAUCAGUGGAAUCAUGUUUCGAUGUGCAUCACAAAUGGUGGUGGAAUACGGUCACCCAUUGACGAACGAAGCAAUAAUGGUACUAUUACUUUGGAAGAAUUGCUAUCUGUAUUGCCCUUUGGAGGCACUUUUGAUUUGCUACAGAUCAAAGGUUCAGCUCUGAAAGAAGCGUUUGAGCACAGUGUUCAUAGACAUGGGGAACGAACAGGCGAGCUGCUACAGGUUUCAGGCAUACAUGUGGUAUAUGACCUCUCCCAAAGACCAGGAAGCAGAGUGGUCAGUCUAGAGGUUCUUUGUACAGAGUGUAGAGUACCGGUCUACGAGCCACUCCAGAUGGAAAAAACAUACAAAGUCCUUUUGCCUUCUUUCCUCGCCGGGGGAGGAGAUGGAUAUUAUAUGCUAAAAGGAAGCUCAAGUAACCAUAGCAGUGGUGACCUUGACAUUGCGGUUGUUUCCAACUAUAUUACUAGAAUGGGAAAGAUAUUUCCAGGAGUUGAAGGUCGUGUGAAGUUUUCUGCUGGAAUUAUAUUCCAAGGACAACAUAGUUUUGUUUUUGGAUUAUUUGUUAUACUUUUAUGCUUCAUUCUUUAA